AUGGUUGGUGUACCCGGUAGGUCCAAGGGAUGCGUCACUUGUCGGAAGCGCAAGAAGGGUUGUGAUAAAAAAGUCCCUUUCUGCGGCCAGUGUCUCGCCCUAGGUAUCCCAUGUGAAGGAUAUGAACGUCAACAAAUAUGGCUCAAUAGCGAAGGGUCCACGCAAAAGUCAUACACUAAAUCUCCGUCACGAAGUCCACCCUCUUCACCAAGCUCAAUUCCAGGAUCAGCAGUAAUACUUCACGACUCACUCACAAGGACAGCUCGGACCCAAAAGUUCACUGGUCUUUUCUGGUCAGACUAUCUCUCUGGUGGAAGUGGCUUCUCGCUUAAAGCAUCCGGGAUAACCGGUGCGAAAUGGAUGGCGAUGUACGAGGCGUUGAGCGACGUUGAAGCUAGUCUUCAAUAUGUUGCUAUGGCGCUCAGCACAGCAACGCUUGGCGCGAUGAAUAAUGAUAUCCAGCUCAUGGGAAAGAGCCAACAGGCGUAUGGGCUGGCAAUGCAACAAAUGGCCACCUCAUUUGUAUCUCCGUCACGGAACAAGGAUGGCAUUCUCGCUGCUAUCCAGCUCAUGCGAGUAUAUGAGCAAUUAUUCGGAACUGGCAUUUCGGCAGCACAAAAGAACUCGCCUGUAUCACAGAUCAAAGGUUUUAGAAAGCAUAUUGAUGGUGAGACUGCUCUGAUAUUGAGUCGCGGGCCCGAGGAUUCUUGGUCGUCCAUGGGAAAACAGCUUCUUGCAGAUGGACGUCUAACGAUGAUUAACGCGUACAUCUCACGGCGCAAACGAUCACCAUACGGCCAGGGCUGGAAACAAUCACAACUCUGGCGCUCAGUAACAAAUUCCCCGCUCAACCAACUUAUUGAUAUAUUCGUUGAAGUACCAGCGCUUCUACAAGACCUAGACACCUUUCGAGUCGCUCCAAGCAACCAACUUUAUAAUUCGAUCAUUACUCGUUGUCGCACCUGUGAGGUUGAGAUAUUGGCGCUGGGGCUGGAAUUUGGCGAGUCACUCACUGCAUACGACUACACAUAUACCAGGGAGCCCUUGCCAGUACCGAAGAACGACGAUGAUCUUGCCACCGUUUAUCUGAGCUGCUGCUACUGGAUGACUUGCCUCUUCAUAUACUCGACAAUGGGCUUUUGCGAACUUGAGUCAGCGGAUUCAUAUGCAAGAGAACCCAUACUAAACUACCCGAGCCAGCGAAUUGCGAUGUCGUAUGCUUACAGAAUCGCACACGCCAUACACCUGCUUUUUGAAUUGCCAGCCGGAACCUUUAGCUCAGUGGCCGCAUUCUUUCCUCUUGGGACUGCUUUACGAUAUCUGAUCAUGAUAGAGACUCAUGGCGGCCAUAACAUCAUGAGCAAAGAGAGGUUGUCAUUGGUUAACGUAUUUACUCGACCAUUUCUGGGGAGCUUUGUUGGGAGGUUUCUGCAAAAUCUGCAGGUGGAUGACGGUAUUGACUAUGGAUAUCCCGCAGACACGCUCUUAGGGAUAAGAGGUAUUGAGUAUAGAGCCAGAGUCUGGUGGUGUGGACUGAUGCAGGCUGGACUGCCGGAGUUUACACUGGAAGAUCCUUGCUUUCCGUCAAAAUGA